ACCUCGCGCUCGCAUUCCGCGUGCGGUCUUGUUCCGCAAGCCAAGCCAAUUCCUUUGUCAAGCCUACGCCACCGCCACGACUGGUCUGUUAACUCCCGUUGCCUGUAUAUAACCCUAACAGCCGGCUCCGUGUCCGGCUCUGCCCCUUGCUCCGUAGUCCAGAUCUCGCUUCGCUUCCCUCCUCCUCCUCCUCCCGUUCUUGUUCAUCCUGAUCCGCUGCUGCCUGAUCAUCGAUGAACGACGCCUACGCCAAAUCUGUCCCCGAGGUGCUCGAAGCAUUUGGUGUAGAUCCGAGCAAGGGUCUUUCAGAUUUCCAGGUUUCUCAGAAUGCAAAUAUAUACGGAAGAAACGAGCUACCUGAAGAAGAAAGUACUCCUUUCUGGAGAAGAGUCCUGAAGCAGUUUGAUGAUUUACUUGUUAAAAUAUUAAUUGCAGCAGCCAUUGUUUCGUUCCUUUUAGCUUUAAUCAAUGGAGAGACAGGGUUUACAGCUUUUCUAGAACCUUCUGUCAUACUUAUGAUCUUGGCUGCAAAUGCAGCAGUAGGUGUGAUAACUGAAACAAACGCUGAAAAGGCUCUUGAGGAGUUGCGUGCAUAUCAAGCUGAUGUUGCAACUGUCCUUCGAAAUGGUUGCUUUUCAAUAUUACCGGCCACAGAACUUGUUCCUGGAGACAUUGUUGAAGUAGGAGUGGGAUGCAAGGUCCCUGCUGAUCUGAGAAUGAUGGAGAUGCUCAGCAGUCAAUUACGUGUUGAUCAGGCAAUUCUCACUGGUGAGAGCUGCUCAGUGGCGAAAGAUCUUGAACCCACUGUAGCAACUAAUGCUGUAUAUCAAGACAAGACAAACAUCCUUUUUUCAGGUACUGUUGUCGUUGUUGGCAGAGCGAGAGCUAUUGUAGUUGGUGUUGGGUCUAACACAGCAAUGGGAAGCAUACGUGAUGCAAUGUUAAGAACCAAUGAUGAAACAACACCUUUAAAGAAGAAACUUGAUGAAUUUGGAACAUUUUUGGCCAAGGUAAUUGCAGGAAUUUGUGUCCUAGUAUGGGUUGUUAAUAUUGGGCAUUUCCAUGAUCCUUCCCAUGGUGGAAUUAUGCGAGGUGCUAUUCACUAUUUUAAGAUUGCAGUUGCUCUUGCUGUUGCUGCCAUUCCAGAAGGGCUUCCAGCUGUUGUUACCACAUGCUUAGCUCUUGGAACAAAAAGAAUGGCACGGCUUAAUGCUAUUGUGAGGUCGUUGCCUUCUGUGGAAACACUAGGCUGCACCACAGUGAUUUGUAGUGAUAAAACUGGCACUCUUACUACCAAUAUGAUGUCUGUCUCAAAGGUUUGUGUAGUCCAAUCGGUGCACCGUGGUCCUAUUACUUAUGAAUAUGCUGUUACUGGAACUACAUUUGCACCAGAGGGUAUGAUUUUUGAUGCGACUGGAGUGCAGCUUGAGUUUCCUGCUCAAUUUCCAUGUCUUCUUCAUAUAGCCAUGUGUUCAGCUCUUUGCAACGAGUCUAUGCUACAGUACAAUCCAGACAAGAAGAAUUAUGAAAAGAUUGGGGAGUCAACUGAGGUUGCUCUACGUGUACUAGUGGAAAAGGUUGGUCUUCCUGGUUUUGAUUCUAUGCCUUCAGCUUUGAACAUUUUAAGUAAGCAUGAGCGUGCCUCAUACUGUAACCAUUACUGGGAACACCAGUUCAAAAAGAUGUCUGUUUUGGAGUUCUCUCGUGACCGAAAAAUGAUGAGUGUCCUCUGUAGUCGAAAGCAACAGGAGAUCAUGUUCUCAAAAGGUGCGCCUGAGUGUAUUAUAUCUAGGUGCACACAUAUCUUAUGCAAUGAAGAUGGAUCUUCUGUUCCUUUGACAAAUGAUAUUCGCAUUGCCUUGGAGGAGAGAUUCAGGAGUUUUGCAGGAAAAGAUACUCUAAGAUGCUUGGCAUUAGCAUUGAAGCGCAUGCCCAUGGGUCAACAAACACUUUGUUAUGAUGAUGAGAUAAACUUAACAUUUAUUGGACUGAUUGGAAUGCUGGAUCCACCAAGGAAUGAAGUAAGAAAUGCCAUGCUAUCUUGUAUGUCUGCUGGAAUACGAGUUAUAGUGGUCACUGGUGAUAAUAAAACAACUGCAGAGUCGCUCUGUAGAAGAAUUGGUGCUUUUGAUCAUUUGAAUGAUUUUACUGGUUACUCCUAUACAGCAUCUGAAUUUGAAGAACUCUCACCCACAGAUCGAGCAUUAGCAUUGCAAAGGAUGGUCCUUUUCACUCGGGUUGAACCGUCUCACAAGAGGAUGUUGGUUGAGGCUUUGCAGAAUCAAAAUGAAGUGGUUGCCAUGACUGGUGAUGGUGUGAAUGAUGCACCUGCAUUGAAGAAAGCAGACAUAGGAAUUGCAAUGGGAUCAGGAACAGCUGUUGCAAAGAGUGCUUCAGAUAUGGUAUUGGCUGAUGAUAAUUUUGCUUCUAUUGUUGCGGCUGUUGCAGAAGGAAGGGCUAUUUACACAAAUACGAAGCAGUUCAUCAGAUACAUGAUUUCAUCAAAUAUUGGUGAAGUAGUUUGUAUUUUUGUGGCAGCUGUACUUGGAAUGCCGGACACAUUGGUUCCUGUUCAGUUGUUGUGGGUAAAUUUGGUUACUGAUGGUCUGCCUGCUACAGCCAUUGGUUUCAAUAAGCUAGAUACAAAUGUCAUGAUGGCAAAACCUCGCAAGGUCAAUGAAGCUGUAGUUACUGGAUGGUUAUUUUUCCGUUAUCUGGUCAUUGGUGCCUAUGUUGGUCUUGCAACUAUUGCUGGGUUUGUUUGGUGGUUUGUUUACUCUGAUAAAGGUCCCAAAUUACCUUACAAUGAAUUGGUUAAUUUUGAUUCUUGUUCGACAAGGGAGACAUCUUAUCCAUGCAGUAUAUUUGAUGAUCGUCAUCCAUCAACUGUAUCAAUGACUGUCCUUGUGGUCGUCGAGAUGUUCAAUGCUUUAAAUAACCUAAGUGAAAAUCAGUCGCUUCUUGUUAUUCCCCCGUGGAGCAACAUAUGGCUCUUAGCAUCAAUAGCUCUCACAAUGUUCCUUCAUGUACUGAUUUUGUAUGUAGAACCACUGUCUACCCUUUUUGCAGUAACACCACUAUCAUGGACAGAUUGGGCUGUUGUCCUGUAUCUCUCUUUUCCAGUAAUUGUUAUCGAUGAGGUGUUGAAAUUUUUAUCAAGAAAUUGGAGAGGUAGAAGGUUCAACUUUAGGUUCAGAAAACAUGAUGUUCUUCCAAAAAGGGAAUGCAGAGACAAGUAAACCUGGGUUUUUGAAUCACAGCCAGUGCUCGAAUUGACACUUGAUAUUUAUUACGAAUGCUGAGGAAAUUCACUGUACAAAGUGGGAUGCAUAUAGAUGUUCUUUGAGAUGAAGUUCUACCAAAUCACAAAUCGCUUUCCUUUUUACCCGCUGAUAGAGGAUGAACAAUUAAUUUUUAUUUAAAGUCUGUUCUUGGUUUUUAGCAGGAAUGUGCGAAAUUUCCUUGUCAUGGCAUUGAUAAGGGAAUCUAUGAGGACUUACAUGUCAGGGACCACAAAGGAGCUUUUUGUUUUUUCUUUGUACAACGUCAAUCAAUAGCAUCAUUUACAAUUAUUUUAUCAAAGGGUAAAAUAUCAAAGUGAACUAUUUUAGCUGA